AUGUCCUGCAAGUUGCUGUGUAUACCAGGCUGGCUUCAAACUCAGAGAUCCCCUGACCCUGAUUCCCAAGUACUGGGAUUAAAAAAUGCAGUGACCUAUGAUGAUGUACAUAUCAACUUCACUUGGGAAGAAUGGACUUUGCUGGAUCCUACCCAGAGGAGUCUCUACAAAGAUGUGAUGUUGGAAACCUACGGAAACCUUACUAGUAUAGGAUACAGUUGGGAAGACCAUAAUAUUGAAAAACAUUGUCAAAGUUCUAGAAGACAUGAAAGGUAA